CUUUUUUCUUUUUGUUCCAGGAAGCUUCCAGGAGGACAAUAUGCCCCAUACCGGUCAAGCAGGAGUCAACCAGCUGGGAGGUGUCUUUGUAAACGGACGUCCGCUUCCAGACUGCGUUCGACAAAGGAUUGUCCAAUUGGCACUGGUUGGCGUCCGUCCUUGUGAUAUCUCCAGACAAUUGCUCGUUUCCCAUGGCUGCGUUUCCAAGAUAUUAACCAGGUUCUACGAAACGGGGAGCAUCAGGCCUGGCAGCAUAGGUGGCAGCAAAACUAAGCAAGUUGCAACUCCGACAGUCGUAAAGAAGAUCCUGAGGAUGAAACAAGAGCAGCCAACCAUGUUCGCCUGGGAAAUUCGUGAGCAAUUGGCAAGACAAGGAGCUUGCGAUCCCCAAAGUUUGCCCUCGGUUUCUUCCGUCAAUAGGAUUCUUAGAGGCGGAGGAUUGCACACGGAUCAUCCGAUUGACGCUGGAGCCUCCGGAAGUUAUCCAGGACAUGUGUCAGGAAAUGAAUCCAGAGAACUAAAAUCCAGCAGUUCAAGUUCCAUGGCGGGAAGUGACGAUUCUCUGGACAAAAGUGACCUGGACGAAGCUAAUGAGUCCCAGGACUUCAAACCCUUCCAGAACUCGCCCACAAUCUUAGAACUCGGGCAGAAAAUCGGCAGCGACCGGAGUGCGUUUGUUCGACACGGAACUCCCGGUUCCGUUUCUAAAGAAAGUUCCGAGAACCCGCAACCAGCGCCACCACAGAGAAAGCGGAACCCUUAUUCAAUAGAGGAACUACUGAAGAAGGACGAAAAUGUCGUCAGUAAUAAGCGACGCGUUAUUGACACUGGAGUUGUCCAACCUUGCGGAAUUGUCGUUGACGAAGUUUAA